GUCCCGACCGUCAUCUCCUGGUCAUCUCCGCCUGGCAUCCAUCAUGGCUCCUCAGUCAGGCUCAGACAUGAUCGAGUACAUGGACGCCACUAUCAAGGAGACGGACCCACAGAAAAAGGCCAAGCGCCUGGACAUGCUCUCGCAGCCUAAAACCUGGCGGCAGGCCUUUCGGGCGAUGGACAUGAAGUACCUCCCGGAAGUGCGCCCAGGCACGCGCUAUCAAUUCACCCCCCGCGUGGGCGAUGCUGCUGAAGCCUUGCAGGCGUUCUCUGCGACGCUCAUCCAGUAUGAGAACACCCAGGACCUCACCAUCUAUCGCGUCAUGUUCUUUGGCUUUCAUCUACUAUGGAAUACGGCAUGGGCAUGGAUUGAGUUCCUCGACCCCCUGUCUGGUACGCUUAACCAGUCUGGAAUGCAACGAUUCUUUAUCUCCGUCACCAUUCCUGCGAUACUACCGACCACCCUCUCCUUGGUUCUGCUGGAGAACGACCCGCAGACAAUAGCCAUGAUGCAGGAAGAGCCCUUGGAACGCUACCUUGCGCUAUGGUACCACAAUUACGGAGUCGACCCAUCUGACCAGGAGCUGGCGCGAAUUAUGCGCAAGCACGCCGAAUCCGUCUUCACCAGGACCAAGCUCAUGCAAGACAUGAUGAAGGAAUUCCUCGCCCCCGAUUGCCCUUAUUACGACCGGAUGGUACAGGUGUUACAUGUCCUAUGCGAUGGACGCCCGGAGAGAAUUCGGAGGCGGCUUCUCGCCAAUCUCGAGAGAGAUUUGUACUCGCCAUACCUCGUGAAGGACGAGAAACUGAUGCAGACGUACAUCCGCCCCAUUCUCCUUGUAUUCGAUGUACCGUCAUACCACUUCAAGGCUAUCUCGGGAAGAACGGUGCGAAAACUGUCCGGAACCCUUCUCCGGCUCUCGCAGAGCCCAAAAACCACGCUCCGCGCCAUCCUUGUAUGCAUUCUGGUCGCCGCACUGCAUGAAAAGCAACCCGGCGAGCGCGUCAUCGCUAUCGCUAUCGCCGGAGGACUUUUGCCAGCCCUCAGAAACAUUGUGGCACACAUGCCGCUUGUUGAUCGAGCAUGGAUCCCGGAGUGCACACAGGUAAUCGGAGGUUGCAUAGACACCAUACGCCUGUCACUACGCGUGCGUAGGGUGACUCGAAGCUUGGUGCGCGUCGAGGACGACUUGCGAUUGGCGGUCAAACUGCCUGCGAACGAUCUUGCGGAGGCAUGGACUGGGCUCCUACACGCGAAGGGCGCUCAUACGGUGGCAUGGAACUCGUACAGAAAGAGAAUUGGGCUUUCGCGAGGCUGCUUCAACCUAGAGUGCCCAUUGGAGCGUGAGGCCCAAGUGAAGACGUGCAUAUGUAAGGAGGCGUAUUACUGCUCGAAAGUGUGUCAGCAAGCGGACUGGCGUCUUAGGCAUCGUAUGACUUGCGCCGGAGAGCGCGCAGAGUGCGACUUGGUUCUUGAAGACAGGAUCUUCUUGGAAGAGCUGACGAGUAUCUGCGUUGCCGCCGAGCAAGCGACCAUCAACAAGACGCUGCAAGAUACGAAAGUCCAGGACAAGCUACUCAAUGGCUACGAUCUUGAAAUUCGCGUCCGCUUUGAUGAGAACUCGCCUGACGUAGGAAUCGUGAUGGACACCGUAGAGAGGCGGCCGGAGGUUGGAAACAAGGGGAACUUCUUCUACCCAGUGGCGGAGAUAACGUACAAAGGGCUCAUGUACAUACUGAAGCUGGACCCUCUGCCGUUGAAGCCGAUUCGUUACGACGAACCAAGGGAUGAGAGAAAGAGAACACCCUUUUCUUGGAUAAGAUGAUGCAUGUAGAGCUUAUAUCUUCCGUUUCAAUCUAGACAGCCCCUUUGCCUUGGGCUAUCCGAAUGGGUG